CUUCAACUCCAUCCGCCGCCAUACAUGGAAGCCAGUGCAGGUCUUGUUGCCGGUUCUCAUAACCGAAAUGAGCUUGUUGUCAUUCAAGGCCAUGAAGAGCACAAAACAUUGAAGGAUUUGAGUGGACAAGUUUGUGAGAUAUGUGGGGAUGAAGUAGGCCUUACAGUGGAUGGGGAUCUCUUUGUAGCUUGCAAUGACUGUGGAUUUCCAGUUUGCCGGCCGUGCUAUGAGUAUGAGAGAAGAGAAGGCACUCAACAUUGCCCUCAAUGCAAAACUAGAUACAAGCGACUCAAAGGGAGCCCUAGGGUGGAGGGAGAUGAUGACGAGGAAGAUGACGAUGAUAUUGAGCAUGAGUUUAAGAUAGAUGAUGAGAAAAAUGAGAACAGAAGAAUAGUAGAAACCAUACUUCAUGGAAAGAUGAGCUAUGGAAGAGGAGGAGAAGUAGUUGAAGAUGCUUCUUCUAAGUACCCACAUGUCAUUGCUGGCGUUUGUUCCCGCCCGAUGCAGGUGAGUGGUGAAUUCCCAAUCUCAAUUCAUUCUAAUGGAGAUCAGAUGGGAUUAUCUCUUCAUAAAAGAAUCCAUCCCUACCCAGUAAUGGAGCCUGCAGAAAAUGUAAGAUGGGAAGAAAGAAUGGAUGAUUGGAAAUUACAGAUGCAAGGAAACAUGGGACAUGAACACGGCGACUUUGCUGAUCCUGAAAUGGCCAUAGUCGAUGAGGCAAGACAACCAUUAUCAAGGAAGGUACCAAUUGCAUCAAGCAAGAUAAACCCUUACCGUAUGGUAAUUGUGGCAAGGCUGGUUAUUGUAGCUCUCUUCCUCCGUUAUCGAAUCCUCAACCCUGUUCAUGAUGCCAUUGGUCUCUGGCUAACUUCCAUCAUCUGUGAGAUCUGGUUUGCCUUCUCAUGGAUUCUAGAUCAGUUCCCCAAAUGGUUCCCCAUUGACCGCGAAACUUACCUUGAACGCCUCUCUCUCAGGUACGAGAGGGAAGGAGAGCCAAACAUGUUAUCCCCGGUGGAUAUCUUUGUGAGUACGGUGGAUCCAUUGAAGGAGCCUCCACUUGUUACAGCUAACACAGUUCUCUCUAUAUUAGCAAUGGACUACCCAGUUGAAAAAGUCUCAUGUUAUAUAUCUGAUGAUGGAGCUUCUAAUUGCACAUUUGAAGCACUCUCAGAGACUGCUGAAUUUUCCCGGAAAUGGGUUCCUUUUUGCAAAAAGUUUGAUAUAGAGCCUCGAGCCCCAGAGAUGUAUUUUUCUCAGAAAAUCGAUUUUCUAAAAGAUAAAGUUCAACCAACAUUCGUAAAAGAUAGACGUGCAAUGAAGCGAGAGUAUGAGGAGUUCAAGGUUAGAAUCAAUGCAAUGGUGGCAAAAGCAGCAAAAGUUCCUCAAGGAGGAUGGAUCAUGCCAGAUGGAACACCAUGGCCAGGGAAUAAUACCAAAGACCAUCCUGGAAUGAUCCAAGUGUUUCUUGGCCAGAAUGGAGGAACUGAUGUAGACGGAAAUGAACUGCCACGCUUAGUGUAUGUAUCUCGUGAGAAGAGGCCUGGCUUCAACCAUCACAAGAAAGCCGGUGCCAUGAAUUCCCUGGUUCGUGUCUCGGGAGUUCUUACCAAUGCACCACUCAUGCUUAACUUGGACUGCGACCAUUAUAUAAACAACAGCAAAGCUGUGAGAGAGGCAAUGUGUUUCUUGAUGGACCCCACGAUUGGACGGAAAAUCUGCUAUGUCCAGUUUCCUCAAAGAUUUGAUGGUAUAGACAGGCAUGACAGAUAUGCAAACAGAAACACUGUCUUCUUUGAUAUUAACAUGAAAGGUUUAGAUGGAAUACAAGGUCCUGUAUAUGUUGGGACAGGGUGUGUAUUUAGACGACAAGCUUUGUAUGGAUAUGAUCCACCAAAACGCGUUAAGCGUCCAAAAAUGGUAACUUGUGACUGUUGCCCAUGUUUUGGACGCCGGAGGAAGCUUGAGAAGUAUACUAAGCGUGGAGACGCUGCAAACGUUGAAGGAUUUGAUGAUGAUAAAGAGGUAAUUAUGUCAGAGAUGAACUUUGACAAGAAAUUUGGGCAAUCAGCAAUCUUUGUGACUUCAACUUUAAUGGUUGAUGGUGGUGUACCACCUUCAUCAAGCCCAGCAGCUUUACUCAAGGAAGCCAUUCAUGUAAUCAGCUGUGGCUAUGAAGACAAAACAGAAUGGGGAACUGAGUUAGGGUGGAUUUAUGGCUCAAUCACAGAGGAUAUCUUGACUGGUUUCAAGAUGCAUUGUCGGGGUUGGAGGUCGGUCUACUGCAUGCCAAAGCUAGCUGCCUUCAAAGGUUCGGCUCCCAUCAACCUGUCAGACCGUCUGAACCAGGUGCUCCGUUGGGCUCUUGGCUCGGUUGAGAUCUUUUUCAGCCGACACUGCCCGGUUUGGUAUGGUCACAAGGGAGGAAAGCUAAAGUUUCUUGAGAGAUUUUCAUAUAUUAACACGACUAUAUAUCCUUUCACUUCCAUUCCUCUCCUUGCCUACUGCACCCUCCCAGCCAUCUGCUUACUCACAGGAAAGUUCAUAAUGCCGGAGAUAAGCACCCUUGCAAGUUUAUUCUUCAUAGCUCUCUUCCUCUCGAUCUUCGCAACGGGCAUUCUUGAGCUGAGAUGGAGUGGGGUUAGCAUAGAGGAAUGGUGGAGAAAUGAGCAAUUCUGGGUCAUUGGAGGGAUAUCAGCCCACCUCUUUGCGGUUAUCCAAGGACUCCUGAAGGUUUUGGCAGGAAUAGACACCAAUUUCACUGUCACUUCAAAGGCAACCGAUGAUGAGGACUUUGGAGAGCUAUAUGCCUUUAAAUGGACAACGCUCCUAAUCCCGCCAACAACUAUUCUGAUAAUCAACUUAGUAGGGGUAGUGGCCGGGAUCUCUGAUGCCAUAAACAAUGGUUACCAAUCAUGGGGUCCCCUUUUUGGGAAACUGUUCUUUGCUUUUUGGGUCAUUGUCCAUUUGUACCCUUUCCUGAAAGGUCUCAUGGGACGGCAGAACAGGACACCAACCAUUGUGGUCAUAUGGUCAAUUCUGUUGGCUUCCAUCUUUAGCUUGCUUUGGGUUAGGAUUGAUCCUUUUGUGCUUAAAACCAAGGGGCCUGAUGUCAAGCAAUGUGGAAUCAACUGCUGAUAGCCCUCCUCCUCAGUGAUCCAUUCUAGGGGUGCACAUCAGCAUUUGAUGUGCCAAAGAUGAGCCAUGUUAAUGCAGACGUAUAAGAAAGA